GCCAUUCGGAACGACGUCGUCUAUGGACCUCCCCUUGUUUAACCGCUCUCAGCUGGAGCUCCUCCACCUGCCACAUCCCCACUUAUCCGGUCCCACCCUCGGCGAACUCCUCAAACGCGUCGAUGAUGCACAAAACGACACCCCUCCCCACCGUAUACUCCACCUCGCUCCCCCUCCUUCCUCUUACCCAUUCAUUCUUUCCUUCACCAACUUAACUUACAGCGUCAAAGUCCACCGCAAAAUGACCCUCCCUCAAAACCACGUCGUUUCGGAACAUCGCAAUGCCGGUAAGGGCACCAAGAUUCUACUCAAUAACAUCUCAGGCGAGGCCAGAGACGGACAAAUCAUGGGCGUGCUCGGUGCCAGUGGGUCUGGCAAAUCCACCCUCAUCGAUGCCCUCGCCGAUCGAAUCUCCAAGGACAGCUUAAAAGGCUCCGUCACCUUAAACGGUGAGGCUUUGGAGUCCAGACUUCUCAAGGUCAUUUCCGCUUACGUCAUGCAAGAUGACCUUCUCUUCCCCAUGCUCACAGUGGAAGAAACUCUCAUGUUCUCCGCCGAGUUUCGCCUCCCUCGCUCCCUCUCUGCCUCAAAGAAGAAGGCCAGAGUCCAAGUACUCAUUGACCAGCUCGGCCUCCGGAACGCAGCCAAAACAGUAAUCGGAGAUGAGGGCCACCGUGGCGUCUCCGGCGGUGAAAGGCGUCGAGUCUCUAUCGGAAUCGACAUCAUCCACGACCCGAUCAUUCUGUUCCUCGAUGAACCUACUUCUGGACUGGAUUCCACUAGCGCAUUCAUGGUUGUUAAGGUCUUGCAGCGAAUCGCUCAGAGUGGGAGCAUCGUCGUCAUGUCCGUACACCAACCAAGUUAUAGGAUCCUCGGCUUAUUAGAUCGUUUGAUUUUUCUCUCUCGUGGCCAAACCGUAUAUACCGGCUCUCCUGCGAAUCUCCCGAGCUUCUUCUCGGAGUUCGGUCACCCGAUACCCGACAAGGAGAACCGGACUGAGUUCGCACUGGAUCUUAUUCGUGAGCUCGAAGAAUCACCAGGUGGGACCCAGAGUUUAGUGGAGUUCAACAAAUCGUGGCAGUUAAAUGCGGCGAAAAAUAAACCAGCCACCAACCGAUUCUUCACCGGAACUCUCAAGGACGCCAUUGCCGCCAGCAUUUCCAGAGGUAAAUUAGUGUGCGGUGCACCGCAUCAUUCCAACGUCACCGCGUCGUCGGUUCCGAAAUAUGCUAAUCCAUUUUGGAUGGAGAUGAUGGUGAUAGCGAAACGAUCGCUCACCAAUUCCAGAAGAAUGCCAGAACUAUUCGGAAUCCGACUCGGUGCGGUUCUCGUAACCGGAGGUAUCUUAGCCACCAUCUUCUGGCAUCUGGAUAAUACUCCUAAAGGCGUUCAAGAACGCCUCGGUUUCUUCGCCUUCGCAAUGUCCACCACCUUCUACACCUGCGCCGAGGCCUUCCCCGUCUUUCUCCAAGAGCGAUACAUCUUCAUGAGAGAAACUGCUUACAAUGCAUACCGGCGUUGGUCCUACGUGCUAGCCCAUUCCAUAAUCUCAAUCCCCUCCUUGGCUGUCCUCUCUGCAGCAUUCGCCGCCACCACAUUCUGGUCGGUGGGUCUGGCCGGCGGGAGCUCCGGCUUCCUGUUCUACUUUCUCGUAAUGUUCGCGUCCUUCUGGGCGGGAAGCUCCUUCGUGACGUUCCUAUCGGGGAUAGUGUCGCAUGUGAUGUUGGGAUUCACUGUGGUGGUGGCAAUUCUAGCAUACUUCCUUCUGUUCAGCGGAUUCUUCAUAAGCAGAGACAGGAUGCCACUGUACUGGAUAUGGUUUCAUUACAUGUCGCUGGUGAAGUACCCGUACGAGGGGGUGUUGCAGAACGAGUUCGGGAUGGAGCCGCCGAGGUGUUUUGUGAGGGGGACACAGAUGUUCGACAACACGCCGUUGGGGGAGGUGACGACGUCGUUGAAGGUGGAGUUGCUGAAGAGCAUGAGCAAGACGCUGGGGAUGAGCAUAAACAGCGAGACGUGCGUGACCACGGGAGCCGAUAUACUGAGGCAGCAGGGGAUUACGGAGCUCAGCAAGUGGGGAUGCUUCUGGGUAACGCUUGCUUGGGGAUUUUUCUUUAGGUUUUUGUUCUACUUGACGCUAGUGUUUGGAAGCAAGAACAAGAGGAGUUAAACUUAAAUGUCCAUGAUCAGUGCAUUAACUCCA